AUGGCCAGAUCUCGUAUACUCUUAGCGAAGGCGUUCCGGCAAUUAUGGCAGCAAUGUGACGACGAAAUCAUGUCUAUCAGGGAUUGGGAAUGCAUACCUCGUGGAUUUACAGCGAUACGACACGUUCACAUGAGCAACGUGGGAAAGUUUGGUCUGGCAAGGCCCCACGAGUCCAAUGGACUCGUGUAUGUUUUAGCUGGCAAUGUCACGGGUCAGCAGCAGGGAAUAUUUCCCACCUAG